UCUGGUGCAUAGAGGCCUUCACGGUAACUGCGGAGCUGUUCUCCGCGCAUGCGUACAAACGCUUCCGCAGGGCAAGUUUCGUUUUAGUGAAAACGCCUCUUUCGGUUUAAUCGACUGCAAUUUGAUUACGAUGGUGCGAAGCUGUAGUUGGUACAUGUGUACUAACAGGGACGAUGCGAAGGGAAAAGAGAAGGGGAUUAGUUUUUUCAGAUUCCCUAAAGAUGCAAAGAAACGACGACUCUGGGUGAGAGCUCUGAAUAGGGAAGAUUUUGUUCCCACUGACCACUCUUGUGUGUGUUCAGAGCACUUUAUUUUUGGUUGGCACAGUGAUGAUCCAGCGGAUGAGAAUUAUGUUCCCACCAUAUUCUCAUACAAGGAGAAACCAGUAAAUGCUGAAAGGGAGAACAGAGCAGCCAGAAGAAAUAUUCAAAAGGACUUCAAGGAAGCAGAGUGUAAGCAGAAGGAGCAAGAGAAGAGACAGUUGAGUUUUUCUACCUUUAUUCACUCAUCCUACACCAAGAGCAGAGACGAGGAACCCAGCAGUGAUACAGAGGGAUUGGUGAUUGAACCAGAUGAUGUUGACAUUGGGGUCAGACAUACAAGAGAUGCAGGUGUACAGUGUGAUCCAGACCCACUCUUACUAGAAAACCUGGCUUUGAAAUCCGAGAUUAGAAGGUUGCAAGGUCUACAAUGGUCUGUUGACAAGAUAAAGGAUGAUGACACGAAGACAAAAUUCUAUACUGGACUGCCUAGCUUUGCAGUGUUUUUGUGGUUAUUCAACUAUCUAGUGCCUAAGUGUGAGAAGAUGGUAUAUUGGAGAGGUACCUCUAUGACCCCUUCGGAGAGGGCACGUCCAAGACGACUGAUGUCAUUGGAGCCCAUAGACCAGUUUCUUGCAACACUGAUGAGACUGAAAGUUGGAUUGUUUGUCGAAGAUAUUGCUGAACGCUUUGGAGUUUCUGUUGGAACCUACUCACAGUAUUUCACAACCUGGGUCUGCUUGCUUUACCAGGAGUUGAGGCCAUUGAACCCCUUUCCUUCCAGGGAUAUCAUUCAAAGGAAUAUGCCUUCUUGUUUUCAUUCUUUCCCUAAUUUAAGAGUUAUUUUAGAUUGUACAGAAAUAUUUGUUCAGAAAUCUAGCAGUCUUGUUAACCAGAAUCUCUCUUUUUCACAUUAUAAGCAUCACACAACUAUUAAAUUUCUUAUUGGAAUCACUCCAUCAGGUGUCAUUUCUCUAAUUUCAGAAGGAUUUGGUGGACGAGUCUCUGAUCGACAGAUGAUUGAAAAAUCUCUACUUCUUGACAUGCUUGAGGAAGGAGAUGGAGUUAUGGCAGAUAAGGGUUUCACUAUUGCAGAUAUGCUUGAGAAAAAGGGCUGUUCUUUAAAUAUUCCUCCUUUUCGUUCAUCUACUUCACAGUUUUCCUCUCAGGAUGUGUUAAAAACUCAAGAAAUUGCUAAAUUAAGGAUUCACGUAGAAAGGGCUAUAGGGCGUGUUAAGAAUUUUCACAUAUUUGAUGGAGUACUUUCUCUUUCCUUAGUGCCACUGGCGUCUCAGAUGUUUGCUGUGUGCUGCUGGCUUACAAACCUUGAUGUACCAUUAGUUGAAAGCUAGAA